AUGACGGCUUCAGCACCUCACUCGCCCGCCCAUCGAGAUGGCAAUUCUUAUUUCGACACUUCACCCGAUCGGCCGUCACCAUCUAAACUACUCCGCAUUCAUCAGUUAAACAUGGACAGGGCGUCAUCACUACCGCCCCGAAGGCUUUCUUCCCCCGCAAACAGAGUUCCGCAAAUCCGGCCCCGCUUGAAUCAGUAUUAUACACUGGAUCAUGCUGUCUCACUCUUCAAAUCCUCGAAGAAUAUCAUUGUGUUGACGGGUGCCGGUAUUUCGACGUCACUGGGGGUACCUGAUUUUCGUUCUGCGAAUGGCGUUUACAAUCUCCUCGUCGAUUCGGUAUACAACGAUCCACAGGAACUGUUCCACAUUGAUAAUUUCAAAGCCGACCCAGAAGAGUUUUUCAAACAAGCUGCAAAGGUGUUUCCUAAGAUGCAAGGACUUGUGCCCGCUGAUAGGGCCGUCGACCCAACCAAAUCAGUCCACGAUGUUUCUGUUCCCUUGGUUCCAAAGUACAGUUUGACGCACGCCUUCAUCUCUAUGCUGCAAUCAAAAGGGAAGCUUUUGACCAACUAUACCCAAAACAUCGACGGACUAGAGCUAGCUGCUGGUGUUUCCUCCUCGAAGUUGAUCCAAUGCCAUGGCACAUUGGCAACCGCCACCUGCAUGAGCUGUGGGAGACGGACGACAGCCAGGAAAUACAUGCCUGUAGUGCGGGCGGGAGGAGUACCCUAUUGCAAAUGCACCCUGCUCGAUGGGGGUCCAAAACCCAGAAGUAACGUCAAGCACCGCGGGCGCAGCGGCAAGAAGAAACGCAAGCGCGAUGAAUUUGAAGACACAGACUCUGAAGAAUCAGCAGCCAAAACGGAUUUCCCCAAGGGUCUGCUGAAACCGGACAUGACUUUCUUUGGCGAGGACAUAGCGGAUGCCUAUGCUCCGCGACUGAAAAUUGACAAAAGCAAAGUCGAUCUGCUCGUUAUCGUUGGCACGUCUCUCAAAGUCGAGCCGGUGAAUGAGAUGCUGCUUAACAUCCCUCCAACAGUCCCGCAGAUAUGGAUAAGUAAGGACCGCUGCCAACGUGAAGGGGUCAAGGUUGACAUCGAACUUUUGGGGGAGUGUGAUCUAGUCCUAGAAGAAAUUGCUCGGCGGGCGGGCUGGGAAGACGCGUUGAAAGAGAGACUUUGGACUAGUGAUAGUUCCUUUAACACGAAGGAUCUAUCCGCGAAGAACCCGAGUUCCGACAAAGAGCAAGGUAGACAGAGGCAGAGAAAUGGCAAUGCGUCGCCAGUGAAAGCCGAAGGAUCGCUCCAGAUACGCCCGAAAGCGAACGAAGGCACUGACCCUAAGGCCCAAUCCUUCGGGGAAAUCAUUAUCAAAGUGAAUGAUGAAGAGAUCACCGAAUCCGCUGAGACAGAUGUUGAGCAGAAUAAAAUUCAAAGAUCAAGUGAAAAUGAGAACGGGAACGUCGAUGUGAACGAAAACAAAUCAAAAUACCCCAAUGGCGCCGCGGACGAGCACAGGAACCGGGGAGACAAGCAGAAAACAGGGUCUCGUCCACCUUCAAAAGUCAUUGUCGAGCUCGAAGAAGGCACAAGGUCGAGAUGGUAUAUCAGACGGGCAAAGUGA